AUGGGAUCCGUGUGCUCAGUGCAAGACGUCAAAGGUGAGAUCGCAGAGGAGCAGAAAUCAAGAGGGGAGAGAGAAGCCAGGGAAGCCAAAGAUAAAGAGGGAGGGAAACUGGGCAAGGUUGCUCCCCCUACCAGGCAAGUCCCGCCGAGAGACGACGACGAGAUUAAUGUCAAGGCAACCAGGCCACUCGAGGAUAGGAACCCGAGAUCACAGUUCAAAGCGGUGCCUGAGAAGGAAGACCUUAAGCUAGGCGCAGGUGGCCCGCCUCGGGUAAAGGCUCCGCUCCUGUCGGAUGAACAGGAUGGAGAAGAGUUGACAGCCUCAGCGCCGCCUUUGCUCCAUAUUGGGGCUGUUGUCUUGGAAACGUGGAUACGAUUGGACGAACAGCUCCCCACGGUAGACAAACCAUCUGGACUGCUGAAGCUGGAACAACGACCGGAGACGGCUUCUCGUGACCAACGGCAGAACCCGCCACAACCCCGAAAUCCACGGACGGAGAAUGAUGAGCGUGUCCCCGAAUCUUUCGAAACCUUCGUUCAAGCCUUGUAUUCAAAGGCUAAGCCACUCACCCCGCCGUCGGUUCAAGGGGCCUCGGUACCAGUUUCCAAAUGGUCGAUCCACCCUGCCCUUCCAGCUUCACUCACAAAAUCCAAGCCAUACAUCAUGAAGCUAGUAUCGCCCGUCUUCCGCUGGUUGCCUGCUGAAAUCGUCUCGGUGGAGGUGGUCGGCACAAAGAGCCCCCCCAAGCCGAAUGAAAAAGCGGCAAAGUCCGCCGAGGCAGAUGUCCCGGCCGACCCCAAAGAGGUCGACGCCACAGUCAGCAACAUGUUUGGGUUCCUUAGCAACAACUACGCGAUGAUUAAAGACCCCAAUGACGACUAUUUCGACACCCGCGUCCUGUUAUCGGUGGUCGGGGACUUGUCCCUGUCGCAUGUGAAGGUCUUUGCUCAGGCUAUAGUAUACUUCGAGCUCGCGCUGGAGGCAGCCUUGACCAAGGGCACGGACACGAAAACCGGCCCCUUGUCACAGAGCGGAUACGAAAUCUGGCUGACGGCGCCAUCUAAAUCCAAGGCGCCUAAGACCCUAGAUACGUUCAUGGCACUUAUUAAGAAUUGCCCCUCAUUGAGCCAGUUGAUUGACCUGAUGAACCCACAUCCCCCAGCCCUCCCACAGGGCGUCCAGGCCCCGCCACGGUACUUCCGGUGGGACCUCCAGCGUCUCCGCAUCCGCGACCCCAGCGACCCCAGCGACCUCAGCGACCCCAGGGACUCCGAACCGUCCGUUAUCGUGUUUCACUUGGGAAAUUCCUGUACAUCUUCCGAUGACCUCCUCAGGAUCUUGGACUUUGCGGCCACUUUCGUUCCGUCCGCCCUGUUCGUCUUGGGCCUCACGGAUCUGAGGAGAGAGUACAGCAACAACGUCGACGGACUAAAUAGAUUCAUGAGGGAUAGCUUCGUGAAGCAGAGGGAUAUACGGCCCCUGAAUUCAAACACAUUGAAUCUCUUAAACAGCAGGGUGGAAGUAACUUUACCAACUGGGAGAGCCGGCAAAUCGGACGAUAUCAAACCGGUCAAACAGAGACCUGCAUUGGAGUACAAUUAUGGGGACCCUGCGCUGGACAAACUUAGGAGGUGCCGAGCCAGACUUGCAUAGAUUUGCAUCUUGAUCCAUGAGAGCCAUGUGCUGGAAUUAUCUCACCGAGUGGCGCAGAGCCCGGAGCAGGUCGUUGGCUUGACAGAUUCAGCGGAUUGAUUCUUUUACCAUUGGCUCAUAAUGAAUAUCCAGCUGGAGGCUGCUUUAAUUUGUCGUUUUCUUUUUUUUCUCGUUGCACCUACCCUUCCUAGUCUUUUUUCAUUCACCACAUCCACUUCCACCACAUCCACUUCCACUUCCCUACUCUCAAAGUCAUUCGUCAUCCUUCAAUCAGACAGCCAGAGCAUCAACCACAGAAUGGAAUCGUCGUAACUCAAUGCCUAAUUACCUUACAUAUUACUCCGUAAUUACAUACUACUCCGUAAUUGAUUAUAUACUACUCCGUGAUUGAUAAUGCAAACCAUCUGAAAUUGGUCGGUUGUCC